AAUCUACAUCCGGUAAUAACACGUGUUGAGGACCUGUUGAACACGGCGAAAAGAUUUAUAGAAGAAACAUGCCAAAAGCACCACGAGCAAAAGUUGGUCAAGACAAAAAACCAAUUCACCCCAACAGUAGGAAAGCUCAGCAAUUGACAAGAAAAGCUUCCCGUGACCAGAGACUUGGAGUUAAGAAUUUAAACACACAAAGAACAGAGUUGCUGGCAGAUCGUUUGAUGUGGUUUCAGCAAAAUGUAGAUUUAGAAAAAAAAUGUUUGAAAAAAAGUGAAUUGGCCAGUCUUUGCAAGAAAUAUUUAUCAAGAUUUGAAGAUGAACUAGAUCAGAUUGAUAUUGUACAACACAUUGGAAACCGACAAGGAAGGCAGCAUGCAGCAAGGGAAGCAGCAAUAUCAAUGACAUUGAAUAAAGAGAAAGACGAGUUUGCAUCUAAUGGCUUAGAAUUACCUGACCUUGUCAAUGCCAAAAAUUUUGAAUAUUUCAAGCAGUGGAAUGGAGAAAUCAAAUACUUACAAAAUAUUAAAUUGAGAAAGAUUGCUAUUACAGACUCUGAAGAAUGUGAUGAAGACACUUCAGAGAGUCAAGACAAACAAAUGGAUGAUCUUGAUAAUGAUGAUUCAAGUUAAUUACAAUUAUAAUAUUUUUCAGACAUUUUACAAGAUGAUAUGAAUUGUUGGUGAUUAUUAGUGUCCAGUUCAUGUAUUACAUUUUUUACAUCUGUCCACAAUAUUGACAGUCUGGUAUGACUUAGUCCUUUCCUGAUCAAUCUAUUUUAAACUUUUAUUUGUCCAGCUAGACGUCACCUCCCAGGUUUUCAUCCAUUUUUUUCAAACUUUAGAGCUUGAUCACCACAUGAAGUAUUACUGAGUGGCAUUUUGAUUCAGCUGUGAGUUACUGCCCCUUGUUUUACCUCCAACUAAGGUUAGUAGGGUGAGGGGAUAUAGUAAUAACUUUGUUUGUGCUUCCCUCCAUGAUGAUAUUGUCUACCAGAUAUCUCAUGCACACAUUUAGUCAAUAUUCUAACUGUAUUAUCACCCCACUAAGGUGGUCAUCAGUCAGGCUCAGAGGACAAAAGUCAUCUUGGACCACUUCUCUGUUUGAAAUCUUGUGUACAUGUAGAAGAUAAAUCAUGAACCCUUUUGCAGGUUUUUAGGUCAACUUGCCCAAUGGCUACAGCAAGACAAAUUGUGUGAAAAGAAGUUAUCUUGACCCAUAUUGAUCUCGUAAACCAAAAGUACAAGUAGCAGUAUAUUAUGUGGAAAGGUUUCCAAGGUCAAAAUCAAACAAAUUUUAAGAAAAAAAGAAAUGGCACUUACUAAUAAUCCAGGUUAUAACUGUCACUGUUUAGAACAGAGAUUUAGAAGCUUUUUGUUGUGGAAAUUUCUUAAAAUUAAUAGAUGUGCCCACUUUGAAUGAAAUGGUGUACAUGUCAAUAUACUCCUGAUAUUCACAGAUUCUAGUUUUGAUGAACAUUGAAUACCACUACCAGGUGAGCAACACAUGCCUCUUGGUCCUCUGGUUUAUUUUUUAGUGAUCAUUGGUCAUGGUCAAAAGUCACUGUCAACUCUUUAUGAAAUAUGACUUGUGUUUAGUAUAUCUCAACAAAUUUGAUGCAUGACCCAGAAAACUGAUGAUUAGCCAAGUCCACGACCUCAAAAACUGAUGUUUAGCCGAGGCAUUUUGAGAAAUGAGAAAAAUCAUUUAAAUAAUCAAACAUGUUGCCAAACAUCAUGUUUCCCAUUUAUCUAAUUUUAAUCUAUGCUGUGGAAACUUAUUUGCUGCAAUCAUGAAAUGCAUUAGGUGCCAGAAGGUCUUUACUUGUAUUCCUCUAUUACCUGCAUAACUUUGUUUGAUUUUUAUAUUUGAAUGCUUAUGGAUUUUUCCUUUAAAAGGAGUAAAGUCAUGACACGGAAGUUCCAACAAAUAUACUAAAUGCACAUAUCUAUAUCUUCAAUUACACUCACUUUUAGGCAGUGCUUACAUCAAUUUUCUUUUUGUCCUGAUCAAUCCAAAAAUCAAACUAUCAAAAUAUACCAAGACCACAGGGCACCUGCAUAUGAAAUUUGAAAUACAAUUGUACUUGUCAGAUGGUUUUUUAACUUGACCCUACAUCCCCUAAAAUUUGUUUUUAUCAAUACCCUGAAGGAAUAAAGCCUCUAGAGCACAAACAAA